GCCGCGCGUCGCCUCCCGGCGCUGCGGCGGUGUGAGGAGCCGUUAGCCCACAGGGGGUCGAUCCGGGUGUCUCGGCUGGCGCCGACGUUGCCCCCGCCGCCGCCUCCUCCUCUCCCGGUCGGAGAUGGGGCCGGGUUUGACAGCGGCCGGAGGGAGCUUCUCCCUUCGGCCUCUCGGGCCUGGCCGAGGGCAAAGCCCUGCUGCUCGGCCGCGCUUGUAGGCCAGGCGCUCUCGUUAGGCCCCCACGUUGGAGGCAGAUGAUCUAAAAUGUGCCUUUUGGGCUUUUCUCGGUUACCUUCUGAGAGAACCGGAAAGAUUACAGCAAAAGCAGCUGUCAUUUUUGUUACACUUCAGUAUAAUGUUACCAUUCCUGCCACAGAAGAACAAUCUGCAGAAACAAUCUCUCUCUAUCACUAUGGCAUCAAAGAUUUGGCUACAAUUUUCUUUUACAUGCUUGUAGCAAUAAUCAUACAUGCUAUAAUUCAGGAAUACGUACUGGAUAAAAUUAACAGGAAAAUGCACUUUUCAAAAACAAAGCAUAGCAAGUUCAAUGAGUCUGGGCAACUUAGUGCAUUCUACCUUUUCUCCUGUGUUUGGGGAACAAGUAUUCUUGUCUCUGAGAACUAUAUAUCAGAUCCAACCUCUCUGUGGAGGGACUAUCCGCACACUCUGAUUCCGUUUCAAAUGAAGUUUUUCUACAUCUUACAGUUGGCAUACUGGUUUCAUGCUUUUCCAGAAUUGUACUUCCAGAAAACUAAAAAAGAAGAUAUCUUUCGCCAGAUCAUCUAUAUUGGACUUUAUCUUUUUCAUAUUGCUGGAGCAUAUCUCCUGAAUCUGACCCAUCUUGGACUUGUUCUUCUGGUAUUGCAUUACUUCGUUGAAUUUCUUUUCCACAUAUCUCGUCUUUUCUACUUCAGUGAUGAAAGAUACCAGAAAGGAUUUUCACUGUGGGCAGUUCUUUUUGUUUUGGGAAGGCUUCUCACCUUGAUUCUCUCAGUCCUCACUUUUGGCUUUGGACUGGCAAGAGCAGAAGAUCAGCAGCUGAAUUUCAGUACUGGAAACUUUAAUAUCCUGGCUGUUAGAAUCAGUGUGCUGGCUUCCAUCUGCAUGGCUCAAGCAUUUAUGAUGUGGAAGUUCAUUAAUUUCCAGCUUCGGAGGUGGAGAGAGCAUUCUUCUUCUCAGCCUCAGUCAGUGAAAAAGAAGUUUGUAACAGCUAAAGGAAAGACCUCCAGAAAAGAAAGAGAAAAUGGAAUAAAUGGAACAGUGACCUCAAAUGGAGCAGACUCGCCUCGUAGCAGGAAGGAUAAAUCCUCGUAAAACUGGGUUUUAUUAAGUUAAUUGACUAAUGUCCCCAAAGAAUCUGCUUUUUACAUGGAUGGCCCUUCAGCACUAGAGAUGUUGUGGAUUAAAGAAAAUACAGUUAAUGGUUUUUGAUUAUUGCUGUUGUUUUGACAAACUUUUUUUAAAAGCCAUUUUGACUAGGAAAAAGGUUUAUCUGUCUUCAAAUACUUGGGCGGGGGGGAGAUACAACACUUUUUAAAUAACAUUGACACUUUUUUAAACAUUUAUUGUGAUGAAAUAACCUCACUUACUGAGGAUCACUGUUGCAAUGUAUUAUUUCUUUCCAGUUUUUGUAAUCUUGGUGAUAUAUACUGUUCUACCAACUUUACUUUUUCCAAGUUCUUCAAGAAGUCUUGCAAAAUUGAAGUAAAAACUUAGUAUGCAUUUUCAGAUACUCUGGCUUUUCAGUUAAUUACCUUGAUUCAAAUUUACAGUUCAAAUUGGGAUUGUGAGGCCACACCAAUAAACCUCUUUAUUUUGUAGUUAUUAGCUACACAAUGUCUGCUCUAAGAAUUGCCCCAUAUCAUUAAAACAAAACUGAACUAAUUGGAAAUGUUGCAGAGUCUUAUUGUUUGUUGGUUAGAAAUCUCUUACAAGGAACAAAAAACCUUCUUGAGAUGUAGCUUUAGCACUUGAAAAUUAGAAGGGAGCGUGUAUGGUCAUAGGAAGAGUUGAUUUGAGUAGCACUGUUAACUCCUGUCUGUGCUUUUAAAGUGUAUGUUUCUUGGCGAAUUAGUGUGCAUUGGACCUUUGAAAAUUUAUCUGUCUGAUUUUAGAGGGUGGAGGUUCUUAAAAUGUGUUGUUGUGAUUGUUUUAGGAGGCAUUAAUGCUCCGUGAAGAGGGAAUUUGUUAGAUAAGUGGAUCAAGUUAUGAGAAACAUUCCUUUAACUGUUUUGCUUUGUUUCACCUCUGUUAGGAAAUAGUUUGAUUUCUCCUAUAUAUAUUUUUAUGAAAAAAUAUUUAAAGCUACAACUUCUUAAAAUUGAUUUAUUGUGCCCUUUGCCACAACUGGAAAAAUCUUAAUUUAAGAUUUUUUCCGUUAUCUGUCUUUCAUAAUUGUAUUAAAUGUGAAGCUUUGUCCAGUUAAUUUUCCAGUUUAAUAUGCAGUUAAUGUUUCCUCUGUACCCUUUUGUAACGGGUAUAAUUCAAGCCAUUUCACUUGAGAGAAUGAGUUAGAGAUUUAAUUCAGUCUUAAGAAGAAAUUGCUAAAUUAGUCUUUCAAGUUAACUCAAGUAUUGGACUGCUUAUUGAUUGAGAGGAGUAAUUAUGAGCAAUCAAGCUGAUAAAUAAAAUAGUUUUAAUGAAAACCUGUUAUUAUAGUUGAGUUUAUACCCAACAAAAUAAUAAAUCUGCAUUCUGUAUCUUCUACAGUUUAGUUGCUUACUAUACAGAAUAAACGUUUCUAGUACAAAAUCUUGACUACAAGUAACUAUCCAUUCUUCAAUCGUUUAGUGCUAUUUAGAGUUAUUGCAGUAUAAUUUAUUAUAUGUUUCAGCUAAUUUCAGUCACAGUUCCUGUACUUGCUUCACAGCUCCUGAAGUGGACUUGACAAACUUGAACGUGCUUGACUUUUGAGUACUCUGGGGCAGCACACCCUGUAAUAUGCCCAGUCUGCUUCAGUGGAAGUAGCUAUACCGUGUCUUGAUUUGAAGGAAUAAAACUCAAGUGGUGAAACUGUGAAUCUAUCUGAUCUGACCAUGAAACUGGAAAAUUGGAACUCAGAAAUUUUGAGGGAAUUGCAUACAUCGAAUACUCGCUGCACAAAAUCAUGUUUCACGUCUGAUGUUUCUAGAAAGACCUUCACAGAUUCUGUGUGCCUUGCUCUCAAGUUGUACCUUAAGCCAAAAGGGACAAAUUUUUGAAGUUUCUAGUUUGGUACUUUGACUCUAAAUCAGUUUGUUUGUGAUACCUGGUUGUACUGGGGCUGUCAAGAUCAUAAGGGGUGGAGGAACAAAUUAUGAAGGGAACAUUUAAGGUACUUCUUGAGAUCUUUAAGACUUACAGGAGUCUGAGGAUUGUAAUAGUUGUUCCCCAAGGCAAACACUUUCUUGUAAACCUCAUUCUUUGGUGCAGUAGUCUUGAAAUGUAAACUUCAGGUUCACUUCCAAAAACUUCAGAAGAGUAUAUUCUUGCUUGCUAAUGUCAGUAAAGAAACUAACAUUGCUUUUUGUCCCCUUUUGGCCUUAUGGACAUUCUUCGCCUUUGGACUUUU